CAGUGAAAUGGACUUUACCAGAUUCAUGAAUAAAUUCAACGAAAUCGAACGCCAACUAUCUCCCACCUCGGCCCUGCGGCUGAGCUUCGACAACAUAUCGCCGGAGACGGAGGAGCCGCCCGAUGGCAACAAGAGGCUAUGGGGCGUGCCGGUGCCACCGUUCGUCUCCGACAAAGUAGUCUCCUGGAUCGAGGAGGAGUUUAACGAGGCGCCCGUCUUCUACAACGGCAACUGUGUGCUCAAGAAGGUGGAAAGUGUGCGGAUGAUAGAUCGCUACAAUACCAAAAAUCCCACAGUUGGAACCCUCUAUCUGACGGCAACCCAUUUGAUAUUCGUGGAGCCCGAAAGCAACAAGGAGACCUGGAUUCUGCACAUGCAUGUGGCCAGCAUUGAGAAGCUGCCGCUGAGCACAACCGGAUCGCCGCUACUCAUACGCUGCAAGACAUUCCUGUCGGUCACAUUCGUGAUUCCCAAGGAUUCCGAAUGCCACGACGUUUACACAUCACUGCUGAAGCUCUUUCAGCCAGUUUCCAUCAACAAAUUGUAUUGCUUCAACUAUCAGCCGGCCAAGGAUGACUACCCCAAGAGCGCUGGCUGGGACUUCUUCAAGCUGGAGGCCGAGUUUAAGCAUCUGCUGGUGCCCAACGACAACUGGACCCUGUGCUCGAUGAACGAGAAGUACGAACUCUGCGACACCUAUCCGCGUCAGAUCUAUGUGCCCAAGGAGGCCACCACGCUGAUGCUGAUCAGCAGCUCGCGCUUCCGCUCCAAGGGUCGCCUGCCAGCACUCACCUAUCUGCACAACAACAAGGCAUCCAUUUGCCGUUGCAGCCAGCCGCUGUCUGGCUUCAGUGCUCGCUGCCUGGAGGAUGAGCAAAUGCUGGAGGCCAUACGCAAGACAAACACAAACACAGACUACAUGUAUGUGGUGGAUACGCGACCGCGUAUCAAUGCGAUGGCAAACCGUGCCGCUGGCAAGGGAUACGAGAACGAGGCGUUCUAUGAGAACAUCAAGUUCCAUUUCUUGGGCAUUGAGAACAUACACGUACAGCGGGCCAGCCUGCAAAAGGUGCUGGAGGCAUGCGAACAGAAGUCACCCACCAUGAGCGCGUUCCUGAAUGCCCUCGAAUCGUCUGGCUGGCUGAAGCACAUUCGCUCCAUAUUGGACACGUCGAGCUUCAUUGCAAAUGCCGUGGACAAGGGCGUCUCUGUGGUUGUACACUGCUCCGAUGGCUGGGAUCGCACCGCUCAGGUGUGCUCGCUGGCGCAGCUGAUGCUGAAUCCCUACUAUCGCACAAUCAAGGGCUUCCAGGCGCUCAUCGAGAAGGAUUGGCUGGCCUUCGGGCACAAGUUCAGCGAGCGCUGUGGCCACAUUCAGACGGACGCAAAGGAGGUGUCGCCCAUCUUCACGCAGUUCCUGGACUGCACCUGGCAGCUGAUGUCGCAGCGCAGCGAGGCCUUCGAGUUCAACGAGCGCUUUCUGCUCAUCCUGCACGACCAUGUGCACUCCUGCCAGUUCGGCACCUUUGUGGGCAACUGCGAGAAGGAUCGACUGGACCUGAAGCUGGCCGAGCGCACCUUCUCGCUGUGGGGCUUCAUGGCCAACCACCUGAACGAGUACAUCAAUCCGCUGUACAAGCCCAAUGUGGAUGAGGCGAUCAAGGCCAACCUGGCGCCGCAGUGCAUCAAAUUCUGGCGCGGAAUGUACUGCCGCUUUGAGAGCGGCAUCCAUCCGAGGGAACCGCUGGGCGAUCUGCUGCUUGAUAGCAAGGAGCACACCAACUCGCUGGAGGAUCACGUGCAGCAUCUGAGCAAGCGCAUAGCGAGCUUCAAGAGUUACAUCUCCAAGUCGGCCAAGAAGCUGCAGGAUGCCACCAGCACCAACACCACCAAGGUCGCCAAGGAGGUGGCUUCUACACCCAACGAGAUCAAUGACAACAAAUACAACUACGACAAGAAGUUGAGCGAACUGUCGGCAGCAGACGACGACCACCCGCUGAAGGCCAACAAUAUGUCCUUUGCCAAUCUCUCGCUAAACGCAGAGCAGUCAAGCAGCCCGCAAACCCUGCCUGACGAGAUCGAAUCGGUGGCAAUUGAUUGGAAGCCCAUGCGCAAUGUGACCGCCUGCUCAUGCUCCACGCCCUUCGAUCAGUUUAGCAAAAAGACACAUUGCUGGCGCUGCGGCGACAUCUUCUGCGAGCGAUGCAUUGACAAGAAUGUGUCGCUGCCAGGCCAUGACAGCGGCAAGCCGGUGCCCGUGUGCCGCGGCUGUUUCCGGCAAAUGCAAAAGCAAAGCCCAUAAGUGACUGCACAGCAUAUGCUUAUAGCCUAAACCAUAGUUGUACUACAGUGUUAAAGGGAUGAAAACAGCAUCAAAUCUAUUAAUUAAAGAUUAUAUUUAUUGUUGCA